CUGGGUAUCUGGCACCGCGGCCGCUGGGCGACAGAAGAGCCCGAGCUGGCGAGGCGGCGGCAGCAGCUAUGGCAGGGACAGAGUUGGAACGGUGCCAGCGGCAGGCGGAUGAAGUGACAGAAAUCAUGCUCAACAACUUUGACAAGGUCCUGGAGCGCGAUGGGAAACUGGCGGAACUGGAGCAGCGUUCAGACCAACUGCUGGACAUGAGCUCAGCCUUCAGCAAGACAACCAAGACCCUGGCCCAGAAGAAGCGCUGGGAGAACAUGCGUUGCCGGAUCUACUUGGGGCUGGUGGUGGGCGGUGGCCUGCUCGUCCUCCUGAUUGUGCUGCUGGCCAUCUUUCUCCCACAGGGCAGUGGGGGCAGCAGUGCCCCACAGGCCCAGGACGCAGGUGUUGCCUCAGGGCCUGGGGACUGACCCAGCCAGGCCUGGAGGAGAGGCCGAGUGGCCGCACUGGCUGGUCCUGGUCUCCAGAGAACCCUGGCGUUUGCUCCCAUCUGAGCCACCCAACUGAGCACUGAAGAGCAACCCUGAUAUGUGCACCUUUGCAUCGCCUACCACGCCACAGACUGGCCCUUGCGGGCAGCCUGCUGCAUUGGCCACUGCCAGGCCGGCCCCACUUGGAGCUCAGUAAAAGCUGCUGUUUGGUUAAAA